AUGGGGGGGCAAGUUGAUCAAACCCACAAGCCGUCUGUCGGGACGCCGACGGUGCUCGCAGGCAUCCUGCCCACGGCAUGGGUGACGCCGCCGCAGGCGAAGUCAAAUGCAGAGGACGCGAAGGUACCCGCGCUCAGCCGCGCCGUGAACUUUACCUGGGAGAACCUGACCUAUCAGGUGCCGGUCGAGGACAAGGAUGGCAACGUCAUCUACAAGACCCUGCUUUUCAACCUCAGCGGGUGCGCCAAGGGCGGGCGCGUGCUAGCUAUCAUGGGGCCCUCUGGCGCGGGUAAGACAACGCUAAUGGGCGCAAUCACCGGCAAGCUCUUCAACGCCACCGCACGGCAGGAAGGGUGCUGCUUCAUGAACAACAACAUUUAUCAACAGCGCUACAAGCGCUUGGUGUCGUACGUGUGCCAGGACGAUAUUGUCAUGGGCAAGGACACACCGCGCGAGGCCAUCUACUUCUCCGCGCGUCUGCGACUCGGUCUCGACAGUGAAACCGCCCGUCGGCGUGUCGCAGACGUCCUCCAACGUCUCUCCCUGACCAAGUGCCAGGACACAAUUCUUGGUAUCCCCGGCAUUCUGAAGGGCGUCUCCGGUGGCGAGCGCAAGCGUGCCAACAUCGGCACUGAGCUCGUCACAAAUCCCUUUGUGGUGCUGCUGGAUGAGCCGACGACAGGCCUGGACUCUGUGAACGCCGUGCGCGUCGGUCAACUCCUUCAGGAUCUAGCCAAGAACGACAUGCGCACCGUCAUUGCCACCGUGCACUCGCCAUCGUCGGAGCUGUUCGACCUCUUCGACGAUCUGCUGCUACUGGCGAAGGGCCACGUCAUCUACCACGGGCCCACGGCGGACUCCAUCGAGUACUUUGCCUCCCUCGGCUACGACGUGCCACCGCGCACGAACCCGACGGAGUACUUCAUGAACCUGCUGCAGUUGCCCGAGGAAAUCCUGUCGCAGCUGUGGCUCGCGUGGGAGGACUACGUCAUGUCGGAUGCGGCGAAUGACAACCCGUGCCUGACCCCGGUGACCGGCGUCAUAACGCUGACGGACGACUACCUGGAGGAGCAGCUGGAGCUGAAGGGCGCGAACUUCUGCCUGCAGUUCUCCGAGCUCUUCAAGCGAUCGUGGCGCAUGUACCUGCGCGACCCCGGCAACUUCUACGGGCGCUCCGUGCAGACGCUCUUCUUUGCCAUCUUUAUUGGCCUGUUCUUCUUUAACUUGCAGCUGAACCAGCAGGGCGUGCAGGACCGCCUCGGCGCGCUCUACAUCACGCUCAUGAACAACCUUUUCGGUGCUGCCAUGAACGGUAUUGCCGCCUUCCCCCCAGAGCGGGCCGUCUUCCUGCAGGAGCAGGCGAACGACGCCUACAACGCGUACACCUACUUCCUCGCUAAGAACAUGGCGGAGCUGCCGUGGCAGAUACUCUUCCCGACCGUGUUCGACCUCAUCGCGUAUUUCAUGAUCCACUUUCACCGAAGCGCCGGUGCCUUCUUUGUGCACUGGUUCAUCCUGGUGCUGCUCGCCAACUUGGGCUACUCCUUCGGUCUCAUGUUCGCCACCUUCUUCAAGCAGUCGCAGGCGGCCUUUGCCAUGGUUCCGCUCAUCCUGCUGCCGCUGUUCAUUGUGGCUGGGCUGUUCGCGAACACGGAUCGCCUGUACCCGUACUGGGUGUGGUUGAACUACAUCUCCUUCCCUCGUCACGCCUACCUCGGCGUCUUCACGAACGAGUUCGAGCGCCUGACGGUCAUCUGCGACCCCGUCACGCCCUUGUGCACGUUCCCGGACGGGCAGGCCGUCAUCGAGUACAUGGGCUUCCAGGGCUGGCACUACUGGCAGACAUUCGUCGCCCUUAUCUUGUACCAGAUCGGCCUGCGCUUCAUCGGCGCCACGUCGCUCUACUACCAGGGCCGGCAGCGCCGCGGUAAGCUUCAGUUUGUGAAGAACCUCCGCAACCGCUUCGCCUCGCCGCGCGCCAUCGCGUCAGCCCGCAGCAACGACGAGCUGUCCGACGUUCAGUCGACGCUGGUGGGGUCGAUUGCGACGCCAUCGAACGCGUACAGCACCGGGGUGCCGUCGCCGGUCAACAACCCAGAGAACCAUCAGCCGAUCUGGGACGGCGAGAGCGAGCGUGCGACGCUGGCGUUGCCUGAUACGCCGGUGACGUACGUGGAAAGCCCCGUCGACGUGAAGGAUAUGAAGCCGCGCAAGUACCGGUCGUAA